GAAAAAUUGGCGAUCCGAUUGAGUGGGGCGCGAAAGACGUUAUCGCGAACUUAGGAGGGUUCUUGUCAUUUUUGGUCCAACUAUUUUAAUCUCCUGUUCCAGCAGAGGCCAAUCUUUCUGCCUCCAACUACGCCAUGCUUUCGCUGCCUUCACCUCCGAUGCAGCGGUUCCUGCUAUCACCAACCUUCAGGUACCUCUGCCCCCUGCCCCUGCCUCCCUCGGAUCCACUUCUCUGUAAAAUUAAUGCCGCACCCAAGCUUCUCAGAGAAUCCCGCAAGUUCCCUUUCUUGACUGUGCGGAAUUGCAGUUCCAUCAGAGUUAAGUCCUCUGCUGAAAUUAGAAAGGCCCGUGCUGUUUCGCAGCCCGAUGACAAGCUUCGGGCUCUCAGAGAACUUUUCUCCAGGCCCGGGGUGGGCAUUGACGCUUAUAUCAUCCCUUCCCAGGAUGCUCACCAGAGUGAAUUCAUUGCUGAAUGUUACAUGAGGAGGGCCUACAUAUCAGGGUUUACCGGUAGUGCUGGUACUGCCGUUGUUACGAAGGACAGGGCUGCUCUUUGGACGGACGGGCGAUAUUUUCUCCAGGCUGAGAAGCAACUGAACUCCAAUUGGAUUCUCAUGCGAGCAGGGAAUCCAGGGGUUCCAUCUACUGGUGAAUGGCUAAAUGAUGUUUUGGCUCCUGGUGGUAGAGUUGCCAUUGAUCCUUUUCUUUUUACUUCCGAUGCUGCUGAAGAACUUAAGGAUGUGAUUUCUAGAAAAAAUCAUGAGCUGGUCUACUUGAGCAAUAUAAAUCUUGUGGAUGAAAUAUGGAAAGAAUCUAGGCCAAAGCCUCCAAAUAAACCAGUUAGACUACAUAAUCUGAAGUAUGCUGGUUUAGAUGUGGCAGCAAAAUUGUCAUCUUUGAGAUCAGAACUUGCCAGUGCUGGUUCAUCAGCAAUUAUUAUAUCCAUGCUUGAUGAAAUUGCGUGGUUGUUGAACCUGAGAGGAAGUGAUGUUCCGCAUUCACCUGUCAUGUAUGCAUAUGUGAUUGUGGAGAUCGACAGAGCCAAACUAUUUAUAGAUCAUUCAAAAGUCACAGAAGAGGUGAGCGAUUACUUGAAGAAGGCUGGCAUAGAGUUGAGGCAAUAUGAUUCAAUUCUGUCUGAAAUUGAAAGUUUGGCAGCAAAAGGCGCUUCCCUUUGGUUGGAUACUUCAUCGGUUAAUGCUGCUAUUGUAAAUGCCUACAGAGCCGCUUGUGAUAAGUAUUAUCAUAUCCAAGGGACUGAACAGAAGGGACGUGUUGAUGGAUCCAGUGAGAACUUGAAUGGACCCACUGCAGUGCGCAGAUUCUCCCCUGUAUCUCUGGCAAAGGCCAUAAAAAAUGAAUCAGAGUUAGAAGGGAUGAGGAACUGUCAUUUAAGGGAUGCUGCUGCCCUUGCUGAGUUCUGGGACUGGCUAGAGAAAGAAAUUAGUAAAGAUAGGGCUUUAACAGAAGUAGAGGUUUCUGACAAACUUCUUGAGUUUCGCUCAAAACAAGCUGGUUUCUUGGAUACAAGCUUUGAGACCAUAAGUGCUUCUGGUGCAAAUGGUGCUGUCAUACAUUACAAACCAGAACCAGAAAGUUGUAGUAUCGUGGAUGCCAAUAAAUUAUUCUUACUGGACAGUGGAGCUCAGUAUGUUGAUGGCACAACUGACAUAACACGAACAGUUCAUUUUGGCAAGCCUGCAGCAAGAGAAAGAGAAUGCUUCACCCGAGUAUUACAGGGCCAUAUAGCUCUUGAUUUGUCAGUGUUUCCUGAAAAUACCCCUGGUUUUGUGCUGGAUGCAUUUGCUCGUUCAUUUCUUUGGAAAAUUGGACUUGACUACAGGCAUGGUACUGGGCAUGGUGUGGGUGCUGCAUUGAAUGUUCAUGAGGGCCCGCAAAGCAUUAGUUAUCGUUAUGGAAAUUUCACCUCUUUACAGGAAGGCAUGGUUGUUAGCAAUGAGCCUGGCUAUUAUGAGGACCAUUCCUUUGGAAUUCGGAUUGAGAAUCUCCUUUACGUGACAGACAUGGAGACACCAAAUCGUUAUGGAGGGAUUCAAUACCUGGGAUUUGAGAAACUCACAUUUGUGCCUAUUCAGAUUAAGUUGGUUGACUUAUCUCUGCUAUCAGCUGCAGAGGUUGAUUGGAUUAACAGCUACCACUCGCAGGUCUGGGAAAAGGUGUCACCAUUGCUGGAUGGUUCUGCUCGCCAGUGGCUCUGGAACAACACUCGGCCUGUGGUGCUUGACAAAAUCUGAUUUUGUCUCAUCCUCGUGCUGUAUUGUUCAUCUAAAAGUUUAAAUUCAUUGCAAAACAGGGCUUUUAAUUUAAUCGUUAUUUUACUCUUAGUUGAUUUGCUAAAAUAGAAACUGCAUGAAACCUCAAUUAGCAUGCUCAGUGUGAUUGCUAAAACGGUUAUCGUCGUUCACAAUAA